CAAUUAAAACACGUGCGCCUAUUCAACGUGCUGCUGUUUGAAACAAGAAAAAGAAAACAAUAUUAAACGCACUGUUAACCAAUGGCAGCUGUGCCGCCAGAGACGACGGUGCCAGCCGACAUGGAAAAAGAAGCAAUUCUUACACAGGCAGCUACAACUGAAUUAGUUGUACCAGAAACAGAUCCGCAAACUAGCUCAACUAAAAUGGUUGACCCAGUAGCAGAGACAAAGACCACGCCUGAAAUUGAUGACACCAAUAAAAUUAUGGCAGAAGUAAACAGCGAACAAGAGGCAUUAAUUGUAGAGACAAAUACAAUUUCGCAAACAGAAACUGCAAGUAUUUGCCCAAGCUGCCAGAGAAGAACCGGAACUAGCCAAGGAGCCCACAACAGUGCCAAAUGAGCAAAUUGCUGUGCAUGGAAUUAAUCCCACGCCUCAAAUCGAAGCUCAAACAGAAAUGGAAUGCGAAAUAACAGAGUCAAGUGUGGCAAGUGUGACAAAUACGCCAGAAAAAGAGUCCACAUCAAAUGGACUCAGUUUGUUGGCUACGUAUAGCUCCGAUGGGGAUACAGAUACGGAAACUGUACACCAAAUAGACGAUAGCGACAAUGAGGACGAUGUGGUCGAAGUGCCUGUUCCAGCAAAUACUUCUACCGGUUUGCGACAGGUUGUUGCGUUGAGCUCUGGUAGCUCUGAAAGCAGCAGCGACUCGGAUUCGGAGGGUGAGUAUCUUACUGUGCUGCGCAAGAAGAUCGAUAAACGCAUCAAUACGGAGGAAAUCGACGAGGAAGAUGACGAUGAGGAUGAGGAUGGCACACGUCCCACACAUCGCCGUCAGCCGCCCAAGGUGCGUGGUGAAAUGACGUUGGAUGAGUUGCCACCAAUUGAUCAACUAGAGAUUACGGUGCCAGAGGAUGAGUGCAUUGAGCUGGGCAAGGUGCAAUCGAUUGUUGAUCAACUGGUGUUGGUCAGCGUGCUGCCAAAUUCGAUGUUGUUCGAUCUGGACACUGUUCUGUUUCUGGAGAAAGGCCGCAAAGUGCUUGGCCAGGUGUUCGAUGUGCUCGGCCAGGUGGCCGAUCCGCUCUACUGUGUACGCUUCAACACCAAUCAACAAAUCAAGGAUCGAGGCAUUAACAUUGGCGACAUUGUCUAUUGUGCCCCGCAAACGGAGCACACCCAGUUCGUUAUAUUAUCGAAGCUGAUGCAGGUGCGCGGCUCAGAUGCAUCGUGGGAGCAUGAUGUGGAGCCGCCGGCUCGUUUCAUUGACUACUCCGAUGAUGAGGAGGAACGCGAAGCCCGCUGGGAGCAACGCAAAAAGCGUCAACGUGAGCGCACCAAUUCCACAGACUCUGUGGAAACGGUGGCCACUACCAACACGGAGUCAACGGAGUUGGCGCCCCGCCAACGUGGACGUCGCGGCCAACGAGACAGUCGACAUUCGAGCAAUUUCCAAAAUGGCAACCAGCCUCAACAGCAGCAGCAGCAACGGCAACAGCAGCAGAGUCCAGCUCGGGAUACACAGUACAACUAUCAUCCCAGCUAUAAUCCUGGUAGCUGGCACUCCAACUACUAUCACAAUUAUCAUCCGCCGGCGGCCAACUUUAAUAUGAUGCCUGGCAUGGCGUUUCCCAUGCCCCAACAUGGCUAUGGUUAUAUGCAGCCACCGCCACAUCCCUAUGGAAUGCCGCCACCGCAUGCGAUGGCCAUGGCAAUGCCACCACCCCAUAUGUAUCAUCCACAUGCGCCGCCUCAGCAGCCAUCCUACAACCAGCACCAACAGCCGCCCAAUUCAGGCAAUUAGAUUAAGACUAGAGAUACGUUUAACAGACAUGAUUAUAAUUUCUACCUAUAGAACAUGACUUAUGAUUAAUUAAAAACUUAUACAAAAAAUAAGAAAA